GGAAUUUUCAGGUCGCUUUCCGGCCGUUCACGUCGCCUGGCUACUCAUUUCGUGACGGCGUUCGCGAGGAAUCGCCGUGGACAACGCUCGCCGCAUCGACCAGCCCCGCGGGUUUGCGAAUUUUUGAAAUCCUGUUGCCGUCCAGACUCAGAGUCCCAGGAAAAGCAGUCGCAGACACUCUCAUCUAACGCCUGUUUCUUCACGCAGCUGAGCUGAGCACCUACGCGCAUGCUAAGGAUAUCCUUAGAUCUGCUUCUGUCAUUUCUUACUUACGCAGGACAUCCUCAGUUCAAAUACGCUUGCUCCUUCAUUACGCUGCUGGAGGCACAUCCACCCAGCUGGAAAGCCGUCCUUCGUCUGUAUUCUCUUUGUGACUGCCUAACGCAUCCGCCGCUUCACGUCUGUUGCUUUUCCUCAUUCCGAUGCCACCUCGUCCGCAGGUUUUCCUGCGUGUCGUCGGUCCAUCGGUCGCGCCCCCCCCCCCCUUGUAUCCUGCCUGCGUUGCCUAGAACGCGAAGGCGAGCACAAAUGAACAAUGGAAGAUGCAAACGUCUUGCGCGCGCCCUGUGGGGACGGAUGCUGGCGCCUCCGGUGUCGAGAGCUGCAACAUGCAGACCUUUACCACGGAGCAGAAGUUUGGUGGAAAGUUCCUCGCGGGCAGAGAGGGCGGAGGCGAACGGAAGACACCAGCGAGAGCAUGACUUCUGGAAAGCUUGCUGGGGAUUCUCGGCUCGGAUUAUCGACGGAGAACGGCGCACUGACGAGGGGAGAUACAGCGGGCGAUGGGGAUGCCCCAGAUGCAUCGGCGAAGACGAAAAGCGAGGACAGGAGUGGACCAGAGCUGAGGAGAGACGGGGACGAUGACGAAGAUGAACAGGUGAUCUUCAUGCCGCGUGUCUUCCAAGCUGUCUGUGGAGCUUUUGUGCGUCACGGCGGCGGUGGAGGCAACCCUGCGAGUCAAGAGACCACGAGAGAAGGAGGGAGGGACCGGGAGGGAGGGAAUAGAGACCAGACAGAAAAGAGGGAUUGCACGCAGCUGCUUCCGUCUCCUUAUUCUGUUUUUCAACCUGAGCGUGUCGAAGCGAAGGCGGAGGCAGGCAGAAAAACCGGCGUCCUUGGAACUGUGGGAGAUGGAAACGGGGAAAGCGAGACACGCAGAACGGGGGGAGAACAGCGCGCUCACCAAGACGGGGACAAGCAAGAGGGGUUGCAGAGAAUCUCAUCUGAGGGCGACCUACAUCCACUGGCGUUUGAGGUUCCAUGUAGUAGCUCUCGCAGGAGUGACGAGGGUGACAGCGAGAAACUACGCGAUGGUCAAUCACGUCGUCCAAGUUCGUCGCGAGCUCUCGCACCUUCCGAGCCUUCGUCGGGACCUUCUGCUGUCUCCACGUCUGUCGUCUCUCCUUCCUCUGCCCCGUCUUUGUCUGAUGUUUGUUCGAAUCCCUGUUGUGCUUCUUUCCUAACUCCGUUGUCUAAUUUGUCUCCAUCUUCUGCUUCUGGCUACCUCUCUUGUUCUUCCCCCUGCGGAACCUCGUCACCGCCUCAGUCUGCUUCUUCGCCGUGCUGCCCGGAUGCGGGUCGUGAUGUUUCUUGUCUGUCUGCGAACAAGCAGAAAGAAUCAAACGAAGAAUCUGCGUUGCCUUCGCCGCGCAUACCGUCCUCGUCUUCCGAUUCCGCACUGCAGCAGGGUUCCUCGUGUGUACCAUCGUGCUUUGCUGCUCAAGCAGCUCCGACUUCAUCUGAAAAGAUGCAGAAGAAGGACGCUUCUGGAACGACGCGAGCGAGCAUCUGGCCGUCUCCUCCAGGGCCCUCAACUCGGAUGUACAUACUCCCCAUGGCUCGUGGCGAGUGGGUCCGCGUAGACUCGACCAUUUGGUUCAGAGUUCUCAGAGGCACUGCCGAAGUCCGGGGUCACUUGUUUCCGCCGAGCCGGGACUACCAGCUUGUCUCGUGCCCCGUCUGGAGCCCAACAGUUCGGAUUCUCGCCGUGGGGGCACCUGGAACGGCAUCCGCCCGGCUUCGCAGGGCCUGUGCGAAGACGCCUGGCGGCCCAACGAACGAAUGCCAAGACGCUGAAGUGACGGCGGGCGCCUCGCGGAACGCUCUGGAGGCAGAAGUCUCCAGACUGCGAGCAACGCCGAGGGCCGUGACGACGCAAGCAGCUUCCGACGCUGUCUCGGCCACUCACGCCGGAGCUGAGGAAGGUCAAAGCGUCUUCGGGAAUGCGCGAGAUCGUUGUGCGUGCUCUCAACUCGAAAAGCAGUUCGUGGAGUUCACUGGCGGAGAUGCAGAGGCGGUGUCAAGCCUCUUCACGGCCUCAGUAGACAGCCUACCUCGCCGGUUCCUUAGCGGACCUCGGGGAGGAGGUGCCACCGCAAGUGCCAAGACGGUCGGGCCGGCGCUGCGGCGGCUUCUGCAAGUCGACGAGAAACUGCGAGUGGAGGUGGUUCCUUCGGUGGAAGUUGGCGAAGCUUUGAAAAGAAUCUCCAAAAAAAGAUACCCGGUCGUCCUUUGCUUUGCGCAAAUGGACACACCCUGUGGAUCUGUCCCCAUUCACUCCGCCGUCGAGCCGCCUGCGCCCGUGUGUCUCUACCGGCCCCUGGAGAUUCUUCCGCCUUCGUGGCGCUACGUGGCCUUCGAGCUGUUGCGGAUUUUUGCAAGUGAGGAGUCGCCGUCCCUCCUCCCAAUUUUCUCUGCCUCUCGGCCAGGAAUAAAAUGGAUUUGUUCCCCCUGUCUCAGCGAGAGAUCGUCUGCAUGCAUCCCAGAAGAGACGUAUCGGCAAUGCGCAAAUGGACAGAGACGCCUCCCUGUCGCGGUUUUGUGGGGCAGCAAGGGAGCAGGCAAAUCAACCUUUUCGUACUUUCUUCUCAAUUUUCUUCUCAAUUUCUUUCCUCGGGUCGCCUACCUGGAAGCUGAUGUCGGACAACCGACUUUCACGCUCCCCGGAUGCGUCUCGCUUCUAGAGGUGUCUGAGCCGCUCCUGACGCCGCCGCACAUGUUGGUGGACUCCCUGGAUGUCAGCACUCUGCAAGGCGCGUCUCCAGUGGGAGAGGGUCGAAGAAACAAGCUGAUGGCAAAUCUUUUUUUCGGGGAUAUCUCGCCCAAAUCUGCGCCGCACUUGUAUUUGCGAUGCAUCAGUCGAUGCAUCUCGACCUACUGCGAACACAUCCAGGGCGAUCGUCGCUCUGCUCUUCACUCUGGAUCGGCGCCAGUCUCCACGGCUUCUUCCGGUGCCUUUUCGUAUCCCUCAUCUGUCUCCGUCGCAGCCUCUCUUGUGUCCUCCGCUUCUGCCCAGCCGGCCAGAUCUGCCGUCAGUUCUUUCUCUUCUUCUUGUCUCUGUCCUUCUUCUCCUGUAGUCUCCGAAUCUUUCGUCUCGCCGUCUCCUCCUGCAGUCUCUUCUUCUUCUUCCGUCUCUUCUUCUUCUUCCGUCUCUUCUUCGCCCUCCGUCUCUUCUUUUGCUGCGAAAUCUGGUUUGGGGUCCGUUGCCUCGGCGGCGACGUCAAACAGGCAGAACAGGGCGAAACAUACGGCGGGGAAAUUCGCGUGGGUGCCUCCGACUGUGCCGCUGGUCGUCAACACGCCAGGGUGGGUCGAGGGACUUGGUGAGAGCCUGCUUUCGUCAAUCCAGGCGAUGAGCAAAGCGAGCGCAUGCAUCCAAUUUUUCGACAGUCCUAACAAAGAGGAAGACCUCGGGGAGCGUGUCUCGUGCGGAACAGACGACGUGCAAUGCGCGGAAGGGAGAGCGCGACGCGAGACGGCAGACAGAUUGGUGGAAGCACGCAAGAGCGAAGCGAGCAACGAGAGAGGAGCUAAAUCAGAGGAAAACUCGAGAGAGGAAGCAACUGCGCGAGAGGCGUGCAUGGCUGACUCUACCGUAACACCGGACGGAUGCGACGGGAGAAGCCGAGGAGCAGCUGUAAACAUAAAACAGCAGAGGGGCGGCGACAGACUUGAAGUCGGGGAGGGAGCAGAGGAUUGCCUCCCACACGACGAAGAAAGAGAGGGGGAGCAGUGGAGGAAACGGGCAAGAGACAGCGAGAGAACACGAGGCGAGCGAAAAGGAGACGAGACCAACAGAUACAAGAGAAAAAGGGACGACGAUGUGGAAUUCUCGGCAAACGGAGAACCAGAAGGUGAAGGAAGUGUCAGAAGGGGAAGUGGGCAUCCGGCUUUCAAGCAAGGAGCUGCUUCGCUAUCGGGGAAUCGCAUCGCGUCUCAGGCACGAGAGGACAGAGAAGAGCCCGGAGGAAGCGCACAAGCCAGUCAAGAGAAUUCGACCUGCCCGUCAAAGGGAGAGAGACAAGCGGAUGUGCUGGAUGCCGCGCCGAAUCCGAACAACGGUCUCUCUCGUUCUCCCUCGCCAAGAUUCUCUUCUUCACGUUCGGCCACGCAUGUAUUCUCUUCUCGCCGAACGUCUCUUACUUCUUCCCCGUCUUCUUCAGCUUCUUCCGCAGCUUCUUCCUCUUCUGCUUCCUCGACGCUAGGGCGUCGAUUGCCUCCUGCUAGAGAUCCGUUGGAUGCAAGUUCCCUGGCCUCCUUUCCAGCUCGUCUUCAGCGUCUCUGUUCUCGUUCGUUCCCCGCGUCCUUUUCGCACCGCAUUCUCCUUCACCCGUGUCGAGCCCUGUCGCCGGCCUCGUCUUCCGCUGAUCGACCUGGUCUGGCGCCUCGCGUUGUCGCUUGCCCUUACAUGCACGCAGCGGCAGCCGAGGAGCGGGAGCGCGGAAGGGAACGACCCAGCCAGCAGGGCGACCGAGGUUCCGCGCUCGAUAGCGAAGCGACGCGCAGCAGAGGGCCAGGGAAGACGAGUGCCUCUUCCAGCGUCCGCGUUUGCGAGUGCUGCGGGAAAGGCGCAGAACGAAAGGACUGUCGAUCGGGAGACAGCAGCGUGUCAGACGCGCGGCCGGAGCGCAUGCAGCAGAGCCGUGUGAAAGCCUCGACGAAAAACGGCGGAGACACCUGCGACUCGCGACGGGGGCGGAAAGCGAGCGCAAACCCGCAGGUCCUUUCAACACAGGGAAGACGCGUUCGCGUCAGCGUUCCAGAGAUCCUGGAGUGUAUUCAAAGUGUGGAACAUCCAAACGCAUCGCCUCUAGCGGCCCACCCGCUCUUCGCUGCGGACGCCUCCAAUGCAUGCGGUUGUGGAGUUCACAUUUUCUCCGUCCCGUCCUUCAAGCAGCACCUUUCGUAUUUGCACCAGUCUUCUCUUUCCUCGUCUUCGACGCAGCUUCCCUUGCCCUCGUCUCCGCGCCCUUCUCCGUUCUCUCGGGAGCGUGGACGGGGGUCUCCGUUCGUCUCUGGACUUCUUCCCUUGUCUUUCAACACUAGCUUCAACUUAGAAACAGGAAGGCGGUAUCGACGCGUGUACGACGAGGUCGUGUCUGCUUCCUCGGAGGAUGACGAAGCCGGCGCUGCGCCGCACGCAUCUCCAGUCGGUACAGGAAACGGGACAAGGCCGACAAGGGGCGAACGCAGGAACGAGGAGAGAAGAGGGAGGAAGCAUGUGAGGACUCCGAGAGCCGAGGAAGAGGAAACAGAGGUGGAUUGCAGAGAUGAGGAUGAAGAUAUAGACACAGAAAGUGGACCGAAGACUGACGGCGAGGACGAAACAGUGAGGAGGGGACGCAACGAGGAAGAGAAGAAAAGAAAAGACUUGGAAGCGAAGACCAAGGCGACGAUGCGUGCGGGUGAGAGACAGGAGGCCGCGAAGGAGGGCCAGGGCGAAAGCUACGCUCUCCCUGGAGAGCACGAGACUGCGGGAAUGGAUGCAUCAAAGAGCGAGGCGCUGCGAAUGAAGUGGAAAGAAGCAAGCGAAGAACGUCCAGUGGUAGGUUUAAAGGAAAGCGACUCUGGCCCAGAACAACGGACGGAUGGAGCUCGAGAGGAGCUGCUGAGAGCGACAGGUGAAGGAAAAGAGAAACUCGAAAACCCCAGCAUUCCCGAUGCUCUUGAGUGGCGAAGACAGGCUGUUCCGGAAACGCGUGAACGUUGCUCUUCCUCGAGAUCGCAGCAAGUGGAGUUCCGUGUUCCUCGCGUCCCUCUUGAACCAGUAUCUGUCUGUCCCCGUGGGCGUUGCUUUUCGUCUGCUCCUCUGUCCGCAUCCAGCUCGUCUUGUUCGCGUUUCACAUCUCCGGGUCCUUCUCCUCCAGCGUCGCCUCUCGCCGUUUCCUGUUCUUGCCGUUCACCUGCGCAUCUUUUUCCGCGCUGCGUCGAUCCCUUCGAGCGUCCCCCCGCACCCUCCCCAGCCGAACUCCGUUGGCUUCGGCUGCUCAGCCACUUCCUCCCUUCUUCGCGUUCUCUUCUUUUUCGCAGCGGCUUGCCGCGCUUCUCGUGGGAGAGCCUUUGCUCGUUUUUCCUGACUUUUCAGGACACCAACACAGAGCUUGGGUGUCUUUCUUUAGAGAGAACGAGGUCCGAAGGUCACGGUGCCCUCUGCCCGACAGCCGAGGAAGAACAGGAAGAGGUGAGUGUGAGGAGAGGUGUCGGCGACGAAGUGGCAGAGAGCGAAGAAGCGAAAAACGUCGAACCCAACCUAGAAGGCGACAGCCGCAAAAAUGGAGAACGAGAAGCCGCGGGAUGUCUGUCGAAAGCGCAGAUCUUGUGCGCUUCGAGCCUGUUGCCUCUGGAAAGUUCCUUUGACGCGUCUCUCUCUCGCGCGUCUGCUUCACCGCCGGCAAGAUUUCCUCCCGGUCUUUCAGCUGGACGCUGCGCAGAAACACGGAAACGAAAAGCAGAUGGUCUUGCGGUUCCUAGGCCCACGGCAAGAAAGUGGGUUUGGAUUUCUCUGGAAAAGAUUCAAAUCGCCUUGAGAGAAUGCGACGCGCUCCUCGUCGGCUGCGGCGAUGCAACCGGAGGAGUUCGGGAACACCUCUGCUCAGCAUCUGCAACAGAGAAGAUUCUGAGCUGCCUCCCAGCAAUGACUGUCGCCCUCGCGAUCAGUGGCGAGCGCGAGAAACACAACUUGAAGCGCUCCAUCCCCCCCGUCGCGGCCUUGUGCACAGAGAUGAUGCCAAAGUCAAGGUCGGAAGGGCCUUCUUCAUUUCGAAAAGGACGAAAGCCAUGCAGACUGAAGGUCGUGGAGGCGACAGAAAACUUCACGUGCGUCUGCUACGCAGUCGUCAUGCGUGUCAACAGGCGUUCCGAUAAGCUUCUGUGUCUCAUUGGCGGUUCUGCCUCGCUUCUGGGCGACAUUGUCAAGCGCGUCGAUACUUUGAUGCUAGGGGAAGGAAUCCACUUUAAUCCGUGCCCUCCGGAGGCAUCGCAUACAAGCAAGAACAGUGACUCCUUGAAGAAGCGACAAAUACAUUGUGGCAAGACGGGGCACAUUCCUACGCCCUUCUACGCUUUCCCGUUCCGAACUGUGGAUUUGCGAUCGCUGUCCUUUAGUCAGUUCCCUAGUUUAGAGAACUGGGGUAGAACGGCUGGCAUGAGCGAAGCAAAUGAGCCAGACGAGUUGAGCAUUUCCCGCCCAAAAAUUGACAUUCCUGCUUUCGACUUGAUCUGCCAAAGUAGCCGCGGCUUAUUCAGGGGAACUGAGCUGCUCGAUCUAGGCAACUCUGGCAAGAUGUCGGCUGCAUUUUUCAGCAGAAAUGGCACUCCUUUUCGAUCUUAUGGACAGUCAAGCCGUGCGCAUGGUGAUAUGAAUGAUAGACGUGGAAUGAAACAUUCAGACAGGCACACGGGCGGAGAUAUGUCGACCUUAGUACGGGACGCGCGAACGGGUGAUACGCCCCUUAGCGCUGCAUUUGAUACUGCAGGGUUCGAAUGUCGAAACCAGGUGACCACACGAGUGAUCAGCAGCAAAGCUGCUGUCAGGCGUCCAGGCCGUUCGGCAGGUGUGCGGCAGGGUUUGGCUAGAUGAUCUGCCGGUAAAAACAACAGGGGUGGACAGGUGCAGCGUUCGCGAAAGCGGACCAUGCACCGUAACGAGGUUACGAAUGGUGAAUGUGUCGUUGUCAAUUAAUCUACGUAUUACGUGUCAUGAGUUGUCUGGACGCGCGCGAAAAUCGAUUUUAG